GGAGGCGCCUUUCCUUUUUUUUCCUCCUCUUCGUUCGUGGGAAGGCGCAGCAGGUCGGAGGAGGAAGCCGUGAGAAGUUGGCGAGAGAGGAGAUGGGGAAGGGCGGGGAGCUGUGGGACGACUCGGCGCUGGUGGACGCCUUCGACCACGCCAUCGCCACCUACAAGGCAAUGCAUGGCAAGAACAAGCAAGCUGCUCCAUCUGAGAUACAAGAGUCAGAAGAUGUAGCUGCUUCUGCUGCCAUUGCCGCUGCUGUUGCAGAAGAACCUGUCUCUACUGAAGUAGCAGAUGAGCAAACAAAUAAAAAUGACAGCUGCACUAACUUACCCGUUGGUCCUGCGGAGACACCACAGCAGCCCUGUGAAGAAAGAAAGACUGAUGAGCAAGCUCCUCUUCAAGAAACUGAUCUGGAAAAGGAGAUAAAUGUCUCUGAAUCUAAGACAUGCUUCUCAGAUGCCACCAAUACUGAGGGAAAGGAUAGCUCAAACCAGCAGACAGGGGACUACAAUGAAUUACUCAGGAAGUACUAUGAACUUGAGGUGCAAAGCCAGAAAGUUCUUGAGCAAUUACAUCAGACAAAUUACUGGAAUUAUCAAACCCCUGAACAAUCUUCAGCAUACCAACAGCAAGUUCCUGCUUACAUUGCCACAGCACCAGACCCAAUCUCUUCAACCGCUCAAACCUCAUGCUGCUCCUUGAAUGUUCCCAUGGUUUCAAUCUCCUGCUGUUCAACUGGCCAACAAAGUGGCGAUUCCACUGCCAUGCCACCUAGUGGAGGCUGCAGCAUAUCAUUCACUUGUGAUCAUUGCCCUGGAGCAAGCACUACAUAUCCUACUGGUGCAGCCUUCACGCAGCUCCCAGCUAAGGUAUCUACUGGCGAUGAUCAAGUUGCUAAGGCUGCAAUGAUGACUGCUGAAGGUGCCGUGAAUUUCAUGAAAAGUACAAUAUCUGGAGAUGCUGCCUCCUUUCCAAAUAUUGUAAAUGAAGGUGGAAUUGCAAGGGAGAAUAACACAACUGUGGGCAUGAACCUGAAUUUAGACACCACAGGAGCAGACAGUGAUCUUGCUGUCGUACUGAAUGCAUGGUAUACAGCAGGGUUUUACACUGGCAGGUACCUCAUGCAGAAAUCAAUGAAAAAUCCCCGAGAAAAUUGAGCGUCAAAAGCCAUAUAUAUAGAGGCUCACCAACAACCCCUUUCACAUCGGGAAGAACUGAGAUAUGCUCUCAAAUUAUGAUGGAACUGAACAUGCUGAUGGAGUUCUGCAAACACUGUUUUAUGCUAGCCAGUACUUUUUCAAGCAAGUAUUAGGGUAUUCUUACAUAUGAAUAUGAAUAUGCUGUUAUUUGCAGUAAGUGCUUGUUUGGAUAGGUAAGGAUUGGCUCAACCCCUUCGAUUGGCAGGAAUUGUUGCCUGCCUAUUUAACUAAGUUCCAGAUGGGUAACGAUGACGACGCAUUCAUGACCGUGUUGCCCAAAUUUGUGAAAUACCCACUAUCAAUAUAUAUUAGCUGAAUCCAUUUCUCCAAUGUAA